CAAGCGGGCGGCGGGCGGCCUCCUGGAUCCGCCGUGUGGGACUCGCGCGAGGACCGAGCAGUCCCGGCCGACGAAUCGACUGGCCGCGGCGCGCCGAGGGCCGGGACUCAGCCGCGGCGAGGGGUGCUGAGAAGCACUGGGGCCAAAAACCUGCGGGAAGCUGUUGGGGACGGGCUGAAGUACGGACACUCGCGAGGCUUCUCCAGGAGCAGCCGAGUCCUGUCCCGCGUGGAGGCCCCCGCCUGAGCAGCCAGUGGCCUUGCGGGGCCUGUUCCUCCCUCGCGCGCUCCGCAGAGUGCGGGGAGACCCGGCGGGGGUCGAGCCUGGGCCUGACCUCUGCGUCCUUCCUCAGCCGUGUCCUGUCAGGCCAGUCGCCGGCACUUUUGACCCGGAGUCAAGCUGGGGCACCCUGUGGAGCGAAGGCAAGAUUGGUGCCUAGGGGACGCCAGCAGAGGGAACUGGAGAUUGCCCGUGCUGGGAGGAGAGGACGAUCCCGUAAAGGAAAAGCAGGCCCUAAGAUUUGCCAGGUUUGGGAAGGAAGGAUGCCGGAGAGAGGCACUAGCCUCUCGUAUUCUGUGCUGUGUGCUAACCUGACACCUGUGAAAAAAGGUCACUGCUGGACACCUGAAUCUGGUUUGUCAUGUGCAGAGGAACUGGCUGUUUUGCCAUCUCCCUGCUCUUCUGCCACCCAAACACCCUGACUGUGCCACCCUAUAGGCCAUGGAGAAUGAUCUGCCCAUUCCGCAUACAUCUAGCAGCACCAGUGUUGCUGGCAGUACCAGCGGGGUCAGUAGCAGCAGUGGGUGCAACAAUAGCAGCAGUAGUGGAAACGGCCGCCCAGCUGGGCCCCAGAUUUCUGUGUACAGUGGUAUUCCCGACCGGCAGACUGUGCAGGUGAUCCAGCAGGCCCUGCACAGGCAACCCAGCACUGCAGCUCAGUACCUGCAGCAGAUGUAUGCUGCACAGCAACAGCACCUCAUGCUGCAGACUGCAGCGCUUCAGCAACAGCACCUCAGCAGUGCCCAGCUCCAGAGCCUGGCGGCUGUGCAGCAGGCAAGCCUGGUGGCUAACAGACAAGGGAGCUCUCCAGGCAGCAGUGUAGCUGCACAGGUCCCAGCCCAUUCAUCCUCGAUCAAUCUGGCAGCCUCCCCAACAGCAGCCCAACUCAUCAGCAGGGCUCAGAGUGUCAACUCAGCAACAGCCUCAGGCAUUGCCCAGCAGGCUGUGCUCUUGGGCAACACAUCUCCAGCCCUGACGGCAAGCCAAGCACAGAUGUAUCUAAGGGCACAGAUGGCCCAGCCAGGUAACCUGGUGCAGGUAGCUAGGAGCCUAGGCGGCACUGUUCCUUUGUCCCCUCAGCUCAUCUUCACGCCCACGGCCACCGUCGCUACUGUGCAGCCUGAGCUCGGCACUGGCUCCCCCGCCCGGCCCCCCACCCCCGCCCAGGUACAGAACUUGACUCUCCGAACACAGCAGACACCACCUGCAGCAGCCUCGGGUCCCACCCCCACUCAGCCUGUCCUGCCCAGCUUGGCCCUGAAACCCACACCAGGUGGUAGCCAGCCUCUGCCUACCCCAUUGCAGGGCAGAAAUACUGCUCAGGGUUCCCCUGCAGGUACCAAGCCUGGCAUAACUGACAGUGUGAUGGAGCCACUCAAGAAAGGAGAUGGUAACAACAGUGUGCCAGGGAGCAUGGAGGGCCGGGCUGGGCUCAGCCGCAUGGUGCCUGCUGUGGCUCCCCACCCACUCACUGCACCAGCCUAUGCUCAGCUACAGCCACACCAGCUCCUCUCACAGCCACCAUCAAAGCACCUGCAGCCCCAAUUUGUGAUCCAACAGCAGCAACAGCAACAAUCACCACAGCAGCAGCAGCAGACCCAGCAAUCACGGCCUGUGCUCCAACCCCAAUCCCAACCCCAGUUCACCUCCAUCCCUCCAAGCUUGGCCGUGCAGCCCAGCUCAGAAGCCCAUGUCAUGCCACUAGGCCCGGUUACAUCCACCCUGCCACUCCAGUGCCCCACCACCAAUCUUCACAAGACUGGCAGCAGCCAGCAAUGUCACCCUCCCACACCAGAUGCUGGGCCUCAGAAUGGACAUCCUGAGGGCCUGUCCCACACCCCACAACGCAGGUUCCAGCACACAUCAGCUGUCAUCUUACAACUACAGCCUGCUUCGCCAGUGCCCCAGCAAUGUGCCCCAGAUGAAUGGAAGGAGGUGGUGCCUGGGGAGAAGAGUGUGCCUGAGACUCGGUCUGGCCCAUCACGACAUCAGCAAGCCAUUGUCACCGCCAUGCCUGGUGGCCUGCCUGUACCCAAGAGCCCUAACAUCCAGCAGCCCCCAGCUCACGAGGCAGGGCAGGGCAUUGUUCAUGCACUGACCAACCUCAGCAGCCCCGGCAUGACCUCAGGGAACGGAAACUCUGCCUCCAGCAUCACCGGCACUGCCCCCCAGAAUGGUGAGAAUAAACCACCACAGGCCAUUGUGAAACCCCAAAUCCUGACGCAUGUUAUCGAAGGGUUUGUGAUCCAGGAGGGGGCGGAGCCUUUCCCGGUGGGACGCUCGUCCCUGCUGGUGGGGAAUCUCAAGAAGAAGUAUGCACAGGGGUUCUUGCCUGAGAAACUUCCACAGCAGGAUCAUACCACCACCACUGACUCUGAGAUGGAGGAGCCCUAUCUACAAGAAUCCAAAGAGGAGGGUACUCCCCUCAAGCUCAAAUGUGAGCUCUGUGGCCGAGUGGACUUUGCCUACAAGUUCAAGCGUUCCAAGCGCUUCUGUUCCAUGGCUUGUGCAAAGAGGUACAACGUGGGAUGCACCAAACGAGUGGGACUUUUCCACUCAGACCGGAGCAAGCUGCAGAAGCCAGGAGCCACAACACACAACCGCCGUCGGGCCAGCAAAGCCAGUCUGCCAACACUUACCAAGGAUACCAAGAAGCAGUCAACAGGCACCGUACCCCUUUCAGUUACUGCUGCUUUGCAGCUAACACACAGCCAGGAAGACUCUAGCCGUUGCUCAGAUAACUCAAGCUAUGAGGAACCCUUGUCACCCAUCUCAGCCAGCUCAUCCACCUCCCGCCGGCGACAAGGCCAGCGGGACCUGGAGCUCCCUGAUAUGCACAUGCGGGACCUGGUGGGCAUGGGACACCACUUCCUGCCAAGUGAGCCCACCAAAUGGAACGUAGAAGAUGUCUACGAAUUCAUCCGCUCCCUGCCAGGCUGCCAGGAGAUUGCAGAAGAAUUCCGUGCCCAGGAAAUUGAUGGGCAAGCUCUGCUGCUGCUCAAGGAAGACCAUCUCAUGAGUGCUAUGAACAUCAAGCUGGGGCCCGCCCUGAAGAUCUAUGCCCGCAUCAGCAUGCUCAAGGACUCCUAGGGCUGGCCAGGGCAGCUGGGAUUCUGGCCCAGGGCUCCUCCUCCCGACUGAGCAGAGCCAGAGAGACAUUCCUGAGAGGCCCAGAAAUGGGGCCAGUUGGAGGGAAGGGGCUCUCUCCCUAGGGGCGUGGCUGGUGAGGAGGUGGUCUCAGUGGCUCUCAGGGGCUUUCAUUUUUGUGGGAGGGGCAGAGAGGUAGGUGGUGCAGAAGAUGGGGCUUUAUGCUUGUAAAUAUUGAUAGCACUGGCUUCCUCCAGAGUCCCAAUCCUCUUGCCCUGCUCUCUCCCCCUCUGUCUGUCCCCCAUUUUCCAGGGGGUUUAUGGUCAGGGCUCCCCAACCUUGGGUUACUUCCAAGGGCGGCCAGCAGGCCCAGAUAGAGGCCUUGAGAGCCCUUGCCUGCCUUCCUCCCACUUCUUUCUCCAGGCCUGGUUGACUCUUCCGUUGCCAGCUUCUCCCCCUUCAGCCUGUUUCCGAAGCAGCCAGGGGUUCUUCCCAUAUAUCCUCUGCAGGUGGAGAGAGAGAAGCUGGGCCAGUUUGGCCAUGCCUGCUGGCACAGACGCCUUAACGCUGUGUGUGUGACUGUAUGACUGAAUGGGAGCCUGGACUGACAGAGAUGGGCCUCUGGCAUCUCCAGGUAUUUUGUAGCAAACAGCCACUUAGUGCUUUGUUCUGGACUCCACUCAGCCUCAAGAUGGGGAACAAAAAAGAAGGGCAGCUUCAGACAGAGGCAGGAUUAGAAAUUGAUGAUCAGGACCUUUUCCUUUCCAGGCUUGCCAAGGUGUCUCCGCAGCCCCCAGCCCACACUGUGAAGUUCCCUGACUGCCCUCCUGUCCCACAAAUAGCAUUAAGGAAGCUGCUGGUGGGCAGAGGGCUGAUCCAGGCCAGCCUUCCCACCUGCCUGCCUGCUCACUGGGACCCCCAGUGGUGGAGGCCCAGAGAACCUUCUAAGGGAAAACAGCUGGAGUUACUGCUGAUAUGAAGAAGGUAGCCUUUGACUUCCCACUCCCACACUUCUUUGCCUCUACAAGUUCCUGGCAGUAAUUUGAGCUACCUGAGGAGGAGGCAGGGCAGGAAGGGCGAGGGCCUGUCUCUGACUUGCCCUGGCCUUGACAGCUCCUGGGGGAAGGAUGGGGCUUUUUCUAGGAAGGGAGUAGGCACCUACUCAGCUUGUUCUAUUCCCCACCCACACCCCCAGGCAGGGUUGGAAAUGAAGGAGUUUUUUAACCUCCUCUUCUUUUU